AUGUUGAGAGCCAGGUUAGUGUGUGGUAUUUGUGAUGACAAUAUUCAGAAAAAGUUGUUGUCAGAGACUGCUCUAACAUUUAGUAGUGCAUUGAAAAUUGCUAACGCAAUUGAGGCGGCAGACAAGAAUCUACAGGAUCUUCACGGUGAUAAAACUGUGGGACAUUCAGUACACAAGUUUCGCAGUAAACCAUCAGCACAAUCUACAAAAGACCAGAGGCCUCAUGUUGGAUCUGGAAAUAACAAACCUUGUUUUAGAUGUGGAAAAACUACUCAUGCUCCACACAUGUGUUUUUAUAAGAAUGAGAAGUGUCAUAAGUGUGGAAAACGUGGCCAUAUUGUGAGAGUCUGCAGGUCAGAAGAAUCAAUUCCGCAGAAACAGAAUUCUAAGGCUAAAUUCAAGGGAAGACAGAAAGUGAAUGCUGUAGUGAGUGAGGUGAACUCGUGUGGCCCAGGUAAUAGCAGUGCUAGUGUGGAAGACUUGUUUGAGAACUCGCUAUUUCAUGUUAGUACUCAGCCUUCGGCUAAAGGUGAUCCAAACUACCCAAACCCCUACUACAUUACAGUGGAUGUUAAUGGCACACCAGUGACGUUUGAGGUUGACACGGGAUGCCCAGUGACCAUUGUGAAUGAGCAGACGGCUCAAAGAAUUGGCCUUCAGUCAUCGACAUUAUACACGUCACAAGUACCCCUGCGAAGUUAUACAGGACAGGAAGUAGAUUUGAACGGUUAUACUACUGUGGAAGUAUCUUACGAGGAGAGAUCUUACUCCUUACCGAUUUCCAUAGCCAAGGGUAAUGGUUCCAAUCUUCUAGGUCGUACAUGGGUACAGCCUUUGAACUUUGACCUGAGGGAUGUUUCGGUGAACCUUAUGAAAUCUACAGAUUUGAUACGUAAUGAUGUUCUUGAACGACACUCAGCUGUUUUUGAGGAAGGUCUUGGAACACUUAAGGGAUUCCAAGCUCACAUCUACGUGGAUAAAGAUGCAACUCCGAAGUUUUUCAAACCUAGAUCUGUGCCGUAUGCAUUACGUCAGAAGAUAGAAGUUGAACUUGAUCGCUUGCUGAGUGAAGGCAUUAUUGAGCCAAUCAAGCAUUCUGAGUGGGCGUGUCUCAUUGUGCCAGUCAUUAAACCUGAUUCUUCUGUCAGGAUUUGUGGAGAUUUUAAACUGACAGUGAAUCAGUUUUCAAAAUUGGAGCAAUAUCCAAUACCGACGUUGGAAGAUUUGUGCACGAAGCUAUCUGGGGGUGUAAAGUUCACCAAACUUGACAUGAGUCAUGCGUAUCAACAGUUAGUCUUGGAUGAAGAAUCGCGAAAAUAUGUCGUGAUUAACACCCACAAAGGACUCUUUAGGUACACAAGAUUGCCAUUUGGAGUAUCUUCGGCACCCGCUAUCUUUCAACGGAUGAUUGAAAGUAUUCUACAGGGACUCGAUUACUCAGCGGGUUAUCUCGACGAUAUCAUAAACUCUGGAAUCGACGACAGUGAGCAUCUUCGUAUUCUGGAUGAAGUACUUCAUCGAUUGUCAGAAGCAGGAUUACGUUUGAGAAGAAACAAGUGUGUCUUUAUGGCUGAUGAAGUUGAAUAUCUUGGUUAUAGACUUGACAGUGAAGGUUUGCAUCCAGUGGAGAAAAAGAUUGCUGCAAUUCAGGAAGCUAAGGUCCCUGAAAAUGUGAAAGAAUUGAGAGCUUAUCUUGGUAUUCUGAACUACUACCAUAGGUUUCUACCAAAUCUGCCUGACACUCUCUCCCCCUUGUACAAGUUGCUACAAAAAGAAGUGAAAUGGUCAUGGAGUACAUCUCAACAAAAAGCGUUUGAGAAGUCGAAGAACUUGCUUCAGUCUUCGGAUGUCUUGAUUCAUUUUGACAGCUCCAAACCACUUUUACUGCAGUGUGAUGCAUCCCCCUACGGAGUAGGUGUUGUGUUGGCUCACCAACUGCCAGAUGGUUCGGAGAGACCUAUAAGUUUUGCUUCAAGGACACUGACUAAGGCAGAGCAGAAUUAUUCUCAACUUGAUCGUGAAGGACUGAGUGUGAUCUUUGGACUGCGAAAGUUUCAUAAGUAUGUUUAUGGACGUCAUUUCCAGAUCGUGACAGAUCACAAGCCGUUGGUGUCAUUAUUCAAUGAGAAUAAUCCAGUGCCACAGAUGGUGUCUCCAAGAGUUCAGAGAUGGUCAGUGUUGUUGACUGCAUAUGACUAUAAAAUUGUACACAGGAAAGGUACACAGCAUACCAAUGCAGACGCAUUGAGCAGGUUGCCAGCGCCUGACUCAGGGAAGCCUAUGGAAGACAUGACAGUCUUAAUGCUUCAGGAAUUGGACACAUGCCCUCUGAAGUCUAAAGACAUAAGUAUCCAGACUGGCAAGGACCGAACAUUGUCUAUUGUUCGAGAAUUUGUGAUCCGAGGUUGGCCGCAGCGUGACAAGUUGGAUGACCACUAUGAGCCGUACUACAGAGUUCGUUCUGAACUCAGUGUGAUGGAUGGAUGCUUAUUGAGAGGUUCGAGGGUCAUCAUUCCAUUGAAAUUCAGAUCUGUAAUAUUGUCAGAGUUGCAUCAGUCCCACCCAGGAAUCACCAGGAUGAAGGGCUUGGCCCGAAGCUAUGUUUGGUGGCCGCAUCUAGAUGCUGACAUAGAAACAACAGUAAACAGUUGUGAUUCCUGCCAGGAAGACAGGAAUUGUCCGAGUGUAGCUCCCCUACACCCUUGGGAGUAUCCUUCUCAACCUUGGCAAAGACUGCAUAUGGAUUAUGCUGGUCCAUUCAUGGGUAGCAUGUUUCUUAUAGUGAUUGACGCCUACUCCAAAUGGAUCGAAUGUGCACCUAUGUCGUCGUCAAAUGCAAAGGCUACCAUAAACCAGCUGCGUCGGAUGUUUGCAGCUUAUGGCAUACCAGAAAUUAUUGUAACUGAUAAUGCUACAGCUUUUGUUGGGGAAGAAUUUGCUACAUUUAUGUCCAGAAAUGGAGUUGAACAUGUGACAACAUCCCCUCAUCACCCGGCUGGGAAUGGCUUAGCAGAAAGGGCGGUUCAAAUAAUAAAAGAUGGAUAA